CAUUGCCGUGCGUCUGUGGUAUAUACAUAUACCAAAAUGGUGGGUAAAACUAUCCAUAGUAAAGAGAGAGCUUUAAUACUCAAAGUACUGGCUUUUUUUGAACGCGAGAAAGAACUCAGCAAAGUAGUGAUUCCCGUAAAACAUACUAUAAGUACUCAAGAAGCUCGUGAGCAUCUUAAAAUUAAUAGGAAGUUUCUAAUACCUGUGGAUCAACCUAUCAAUAGAACCUGCGCUGCAACUGGGAUAUCAAAAAGUACAUUGCUAAGAAUAAAAAAACAGGUGAAAUCUGAAUCACCAGUGCCUUCAACAUCUGGUACGUCAACAUCUGCCCCAGCUCAACCGUCGACACCUGGCAAAAAGAGAAAACCAAGUUCAAAAAAAAUUGCCUUGGAUAAUUUUGACUUGGUCGCUCUAAGAAAUACUGUGAACAGUUUCUAUACUGUCAGAAAAGAAGUCCCUACCCUGAAAAAGAUAUUGGCUGCUGCAAAAAGGGAUUUGAAUUUUCCAGGUGAAAGAACGACAUUACGUCUUAUUUUAAGGGAGCAAUUAGGAUACAAAUUUAAAAAAUGCAAGAACGCUAGAUUAGUAUUAAUCCAAAAACCGGAUAUUGCGGCCUGGAGAGCUCGCUACUUAAGACGUAUGAAGGAGAACCGGGAACUGGGAGCAGACAAGAAACCGGUCACGUAUCUGGACGAGACUUGGAUACAUUCCCAUUAUACAGUACGGAAGUGCUGGCAAAAUAGUAGCGAUGCCAGCAUAAUGAAAAACACAAAUCCGGGUCAACGCUGGAUUCUCGUCCAUGCGGGUGGCGAAAAUGGUUUUAUCCCUGAGGCGGACCUUUUAUAUAAAUGUAAAAGCAAGACUGGGGAUUACCACAAUGAAAUGGACACAACAAAUUUCACUAAAUGGUUGAAAGAAAAAUUGUUGCCCAACUUGCCUCCAAACGGCAUAGUCGUAAUCAAUAAUGCACCAUACCACUCAACACAAAAAGAAAAAGUACCUCACCAAUCUGCAUUAAAACAUGAAAUGCAAAGUUGGUUAACAACUCACAACAUAAAUUAUGAUAUAAAAAUUACAAGACCGGAGUUGUACCAGAUAAUUAGAUCGAAUAAGCCACAAAAAAAGUAUGUCGUAGAUGAAUUAUUAAAAGAAAGUGGUCACGAAGUCGUUCGUCUGCCACCCUAUCACUGUGAUUUAAAUCCAAUAGAAUACAUUUGGAAUCUGGUCAAACAGAGGGUGGCAGACAAAAACAUUGACCAGUUAGAAAGAAAAAUAGAAGGACUUACAAAAGAAGCUAUUGAAUCGAUCACAGUAGCAGAUUGGAAAAAAGAGGUAAAUCAUGUUGAAAGACUGGAAGCGGAAUACUGGGAGAAAGACAGACUACAAGAGGAGAAUGUCCGACAAAUAAUUAUAUCCCUUGGAGGAGAAGAUAGCUCGUCGGACAGCGAAGUGGAGGACGAUGAAAGUGACGAAAGCGAGUCUGAAGGAUGUCUGGAGUAGAAGAGUUAAUUACAUAAUUAGAAAAUUGAUAAAUAUUGUUUAAUAAAUGUUAUAUAAUAUGGCAAUUCGUUUUUAUUUUCUAAA